AAAUACUUCCGGAAUAGGAAAGAAACACGUGUGGAAACAUUUUACAGUUUAUAGCUAACUAUUAUUAUAAUGUAUCGAUUUAAACAAGUGCUCCAUCUUUAAAAUAAGUAUUUUACGAUGGCUCCGGUAAGUACAUCGUGUUAUAGCUAGCUAAGUAGCUAGAUAGAUAGUAACGCUGCUAACGGUAGCUGAAUUGCUUUAGCUACAUAGCUAGCUAGCUGAUGUCUAGCUAUGUACUUUUUCAUUUUGUCAGCAGGCAAUGGCUGGAAUUUACGCGGAACAUUUUGUCAACUACUGUUACUCACCAUUAUUAUAGUGGACACUAUUAUCGACACAUUUUCGCGAAAUUGCUCUAUUGUAAACAGCCUGUCAUCAUUGCUUCAACUAGAAAUACACUAACUAUUAGCUAACUAGUUAUGUCUGCACUGCUUGCAGUUCUGACAGUGUGAUUUGCAGAGAGGAACCCUAGCUAUGUGUUGUUGGCUUAUAUAAGACUUCACAUUGCUUGACAUGCAUUCAUUUCAUAACCUAGUCAGUCAAAUCUAGCUGUACUAGCUAGUGACUAUUCAACCCCAAAUCAUCACCCAGGUUGUCCUUAUGAAUACAAAGCAGUGACAACCUUUUCUCACCAACAGCCAAGGAGUAAGAAGAGGAAGCCGAGCUUUCGCAGGCUACUGAAGACAAGCAAUGUGAAGCUUGACAACAAGCUAAAGAAUCGUCAGUUCAAGAAGGAGAGCACUGACAAGAAACACCGCAAGGAGCAGAAGAAGCUCCGGGCAGCUAUCAAAGAUGCUGCCUUGAAGACCCCCCUCCCUCUGGAGCGCUACAAGAAGAGGCCAGGUGUGUGCAGCAUGACUACCCAUCCAUACAGUAGUAUAGGCUAACAUCUAGGCCCUGACAUCUAGCACUCAAGCUGAAUGAUGUCUGUCCUGUAGUCAGUAACAUGGUUUGGUUUACAAUCCAUGCACUCUUCCACACUAUGGCAUCAAAAUAAUUACGUAACCUAUAUAAAGUUAUCAUUAUCAUCAUCUAUUGUUUUUGUUAGACCUGUUUGGUGGCAUUGAUUACAUGUCCCUGUCUGGGGUCUGUUACAGAGGAUGAAGAGGAGGAGGAGUUUGUGGAGUCUCUGCCAAUGGACAUGAUGGAUGAAGAUGACCUGGAGCAGAUCAAGGCAAUGGCUCAGAAAGCCUCCUUCCUCACCAGAGACCUGUCAUCAAGGUAAUUACAAGAGCUCGGGGAAAUCCAUACAUAUGUGAAAACUCCUUCAAGACUGUUGGAAAAGCAUUCCAGGUGAAGCUGGUUGAGAGAAUGCCAAGAGUGUGCAAAGCUGUCAUCAAGGCAAAGGGUGGCUAUUUUGAAGAAUCUCAAAUAUAAAAUAUAUUUUUAUUUGUUUAACACUUUUUUGGUUACUACAUGAUUCCAUGUGUGUUAUUUCAUAGUUUUGAUGUCUUCACUAUUAUUCUACAAUGUAGAAAAUAGUAAAAAUAAAGAAAAACCCUUCAAUGAGUAGGUGUUCUAAAACUUUUGACCGGUAGUGUAUGUCUGUAACUUAUCUCCUCACUUAACCUUACUUGUUUCUACUUGAAUACCUGCAGUGGUCCAGUGCAUGCCAAAAAGCGCAAGGGGGAGCAGCAGGGGCCAGAGAGUUAUGAGAAGAUGCCCAGAAAGAUGCAGCUAACAGAGGAAAAGGAGGUCAUUCACCUCCUGCCAAUCAAAGACAAGAUUAGAGGCCUCAUCCCUCAAAGCAUGGAGAAACCUGGUAGGAUUAUUCAUAUGUGUGUUACCCCUGAACAUCUUCACCUCUAAGUUUACAUUUUCACCUAAGUCAUAUUGUUAAAAAGUUUUAGAAUUUACAGCUCUAUUGAUACAAUUGAGUUGUAUUGUUUUGUCUUUUUUAGUUGUACCAAAAAAGGCUGAGGAGGAGGAAGGCGAUGUCCCAACUGGCUUGGAGCAAUUUGAAAACGGUACCAGCAUCAUGAACACCUUUUUGAAUUGAGUCAGCCAUCCUCUCUGUGAAGGAUGUAUUGUUACACCAACUAUUGGUAGCCCAGUCCUAGUCAGUAGAUUAGGUGCUUCUCUCUGAUGUUGCUGGUAUUUUUCCACAGAGGAUGAGGCUGUGACCGGGCCGGCCCUGACCCCUCAAGAGCAGCUGAAGCUCCGCACACAGAAGCUGACUGACAGGAAACUACGCAUCGCUAGUCUAGGAUCAGACAUCCUCUCAGACCCCACCACCAACGUAAGCCCUGGUUCAAACAACGCUGCAUCUCAGCACCGAACCAAAAAAUACAUCACUUUCUCUUUGGAAGAGCGGGGAUAGAAACCACGCAGUGCGCCUUGUCGGACUUCUGACGAUAGUUUGGGAGCCUCUGCUGCUCUUGAGGCACAGUGCAUGUGAAGCACGCCUCUGUUUCAUGCAGCACGCCAGAGCAGUUCUUCCACUGUCGGGAGAAAUGGUGAUGCAUAUAUUAAUAUAGUGUAAAUUGCAUGCAAAAAAAGGUUGCUUCGCUACCACACACACAACAGAAGCACAAUCAUGGCCUCGGAUCCGCAGGUGGACGCGUUAGAACAGACCCAGGGUCUGUUUCUGUGGCGGCAGAAAUGCUAAUAGGCUAAUGGUUAGUGUAGUUUAUGCUGGUUUUUUAAACCAGCAACUGACAGUAAAAAAACAACUUCUCAACACGUUCAUAACCGAUGGGCAAUAUAUCAACAUGCAAAUUGUUUUGCAAUCUCAGGAGAAAAUAGAACGUUUGCGUUGCACAUAAUAUCGCUAUGCUAACAUAUCUAUCUCAUGGUUUAUUUUAGGGAUGAGGAGACUUCGGGAUUCCUUAGUAAAAGGGAGUUAUGAAAUCUGAAGACACUUUACAUUUACCGAUACACAUUAAACUGAUCAUAUUCACGGUUUCAAACAUUAACUUCUGCGCCGCACAGGUGUGUGAAUCGUCUUUCUUUGCCUUUUUAGUGCAAUAAACGUUGUGCUUUCUUUAACACAGAAGAGGUCGCUGUUAUGCCUGAAUUCGACCCGAAACUAACAAGGAAGUCUGCAGUGUUGAGAGCAGUUGUAUGAAACCAAUCGAUACGUCAAGAAAAGCCAGCCCGCUUUUUAUUUCUAUUCAGUUCGUCAUCAUAAGUUAGGCGUCUGAACUGUGCGUUAGACUCCUCGGGCUACUGUUGCUUCCUAGUCCCCUUGGCAAAAUAGUAUUAUUUUAUGUCACAUACCAAUAAUCACAUAGCAGAGAGAAAGAGACUUGGGAAAUGUUUUGUUUGACUGUCCUUGGUAUUUAUGUUUUCUGUAUAAAACCAAUGUAUGAACUUUCUGUCUGUGUUCAGAUCAAGAAGCUGAAAGAGCUGCGAGCCAUGCUGAUGGAGACAGACCCCUAUGUGGCUGUGACGGUCAGAAAGCUGGUCAUGGUCUCUCUGAUGGAGGUCUUCAAGGAUAUCGUUCCGUCGUACAGAAUUAGACCCCUGACAGAGACAGAGAAAGCCUCAAAGGUGAAGAAAGAGACCCAGCAGCUGAGGGAGUUUGAGGAGGGCUUGGUGAGCCAGUACAAGUUCUACCUGGAGAACCUGGAGCAGACUGUCAAAGGUAACCCACUAAUAUAUUUAUUUGUUGAUAUUGAUGACUUGUUAUGACUGGCUGGUGUCUGCUGUGACUGGCUGGUGUCUGCUGUGACUGGCUGGUGUCUGCUGUGACUGGCUGGUGUCUGCUGUGACUGGCUGGUGUCUGCUGUGAUUGGCUGAUGUCUGCUGUGACUGGCUGAUGUCUGCUGUGACUGGCUGAUGUCUGCUGUGACUGGCUGAUGUCUGCUGUGACUGGCUGAUGUCUGCUGUGACUGGUUGAUGUCUGCUGUGACUGGCUGAUGUUGAUGGCUUGUGACUAGUUCAUAUAGACGGGUUGGUUGUUUAGCAACAAAAGAAAUGCGUGCGCAACAAUGGGGCAAAACAGACAGGGUUGGCUUAGACUGUUGAAAUGUAAGCUAUAUAUUUAGUCUCCAAAUGUUUAGCUAGCAAGCCAUAUUAGCAUAGACAUGACAUCAGUCAAAACACCUCAAAACAAGACAUGGUAUCAAUAACAAGAUGGAAACAAGCCACCUACGAUUCCCCACAUGGCAGCUUCUUGUCAUUGUUGCUAGCUAUCUGACUUUUCAGAAUCAUAAAAACGCACACCUUCCGGCCACAUCAAUGCCCGCGCAUCAUAUUCCUGAUGUCAGCCAACCCGUCUAUUUGUUAUGACUGGUUGAUAUUGAUGACUUGUUGUGACUGGUUCAUUGUUCUUAUUUUGACUAGUUGAUAUUAAUUACUGGCUGCUGUUGGUUGUAACCAUUUGCUGCCCUGUAGACUGGAAGCAGAAGAAGAGAAAGAGGAGCGAGGCGGUGUCUCUGCAGUCUUAUAAGGGCCUGGCUGAGGUGGCCAUCCGCUGUAUCUGUGAGCUGCUGGUGGCCCUGCCACACUUCAACUUCCACAACAACAUCAUCGUCAUGGUGGUGCCCCUGAUGAACGACACUAUCAAGAGGGUGAGUCUGGGAGGCCCAUUUCAGGCCCAUAGUUCUAAAUCUUGUAACGUGAUAUUCAGUACAAUAUUAGCUUUAGACUUUGUAGCUAUAGACUACAAUGGGAAUGGGCUCUGUAGAGACUAGUUUCUCUUAAUUAAGAUUACUUUGACUAUCAAUCAAAAGCAGUGGUUUUAUCUUAGAUGUAUGAGGGGUGGGUUUGUCUCUUGUCUGACUGUGUUAACUGAGUUGAUGUUAUCUUGUUUGUCCAGGUGUCUGACAUGUGCUGUGAAGCAGUCAAGAAGCUACUGAAGCAGGACAAACAGGGCCAGGCCUCACUAGGGACAGUCAAAGUUAUCUCCGGACUGGUCAAAAGCAGAAACUAUGAUGUCAGACCAGAGGUACUAUUCACCUACUAUUCAAGUCGUUUUGAUGACAUGGCUCUUAAAGAAAUGCAUCAAAGGCCCCCUGUAGCUCAGUUGGUAGUGCAUGGCGCUUGCAAUGCCAGGGUUGUGGGUUCGUUUCCCACGGGGGGCCAUUAUGAAAAAUGUAUGCACUCACUAACUGUAAGUCGCUCUGGAUAAGAGCGUCUGCUAAAUGACUAAAAUGUAAAAAAUGUAAAAUGUUCCCACUUCUUCACCCCACAGCUACUCAAGGUUCUCCUCUGCCUGAGGAUAAAGGAGGUGGAGGUGAAGAAAGAUACAGAUGACACAGCUCCCAAAAAGAAGUUCAUGAACUAUAAAGACAAAAAGAAGAAUCUGUCCAGGAUGCAAAGGAAGGUCAGUAGCCCAAGCACCUGUGUGUAGGGACGUCAAACAUUCAGCCUGUUGCAAAGCCCUAUGGACACUCUAGUCUACAGCACCUGGUUAAAGUGUGUUUAGCUCAGAUUGGUGAUGAUACUGUAAAAGUUUGUAGUCAUCUCGAUUACACAAAAUCGAUGACUUAAAACCGAUCAAUAUCUUUGGUUUUGUACUAGGCUUGGGCGGUAUCCAGAUUGUCAUACCUUCAUACAGCCCUUGUGCCAUACCGGGAUAGUUGGUAAUACCGGCACUGACCACAAAACCCCACUGAUACUCUGUAAUCCGAAGGUUAGCAAUGCUAACAAGUACAUGUAAAUUCACAAAGAGAAUGCUAACGAGAGCAUUGCUACUCACAGUUCGCUGCAUGCACAAAACAAAUAUUAGCGCAAGCAAGGCUCUUGAUCCAGGAGGGGAUUCUCUGCUGUUACCAAGUGAAUCCUUGGUUUUGGAAGAAGCUAACCACUUGGCUAGCUAGAUUUUUAUUUUAUUUUACCUUUAUUUAACUAGGCAAGUCAGUUAAGAAAAAAAUCUUAUUUACAAUGACGGCCUACACCGGCCAAACCCGGAUGACGCUGGGCCAAUUGUGCGCCACCCUAUGGGACUCCCAAUCACGGCCGGUUGUGAUACAGCCUGGACUCGACACCUCAAGCGUUGAGCACUGAGAUGCAGUGCCUUAGACCGCUGCGCCACUCGGGAGCCCGAGCUAGCUAGAUAGCUAACUAGCUACUAAAUUAGCAAACCAAACAACACAACUGUAGAGAAUUUAGCACAUUUUAGACAGUUAACUUAAUAGUUAUAAGAUAUCUAGCUGGCAAACAUUUAGUUUUGAAUUCCAUACUGUAAUUAGACCACCUGGUGCAUGCUGCACAAUAGUGAGUGACUAAAGACUAGCCUCUCAUCGUUGUGUGCUUGUAAACAAAUACCACGUGACUGGAGACUACCGCAAGCUUCAUAAUAAUGUGGCAGGUGAAAUGAAGAACACAAUGUUCUUUAUUUCCUAACGUAUUGCACAAGUUGACUGGAGGUAUUUACUUAAAGUACCUACAAAUAUUCACAUUUAUUAAGAAAUAGUUUUUUUUUAAAUAUUCAAUUUUAUUUGGAACGGCAAGCCAGACAAAAUUAAACGGGCCUAUUUAUAUAAUGAAUAUGAUUUCGGGGGAACAGAAAUGAUUAAAUAUUAAAGCAUUAGACCUAUCACUAAAAGCUUCAGUCAUACAAAAGUUAUACUUAAAUCUGAACUGGUUCUCUAGCAAAUUAGUAAGAUUGUCUCACCCAAUGUUCAAGAAUGGCCUUUUUCCCUUUAUUCAGAUUACAACCUCUCACUUUCAGUUAUUUGAAAAGGAAAUCAUCUCCCAAAUAUCACUAUUUCUAAAACAAUCCAUAGAAAGUUGGUUGCAAUUUCAAUUUAAUCCUCCAGAAACGACAGAACAAAUAAUGCAACAAAUAUUGUGGUUAAACUCAAAUAUACUAAUUGAUUAAAAAACCUUCUAUCAUCGGUAGGACAGGUGGAGUUAUGUCGCACAUGUAGCUAACAAAAACAUAUGAAAAUGUCUGCUCUACCCAAAAUUACAACCAAAUAAUUGCAGCAUUACCGCAAAAAUGGAAGAGGAAAGUGGAAGGGGGAAAAAGUAAGGAACUUGUCUGUCGGCCUUGCAUUAAAGAACAUAAUUGGUUAAAGAAAACUGUGAUAAAUAAAAAAAAGUAUACCAGUUUCAUUUAAGGACCAAAGGAUUGACAGCCGUCCCAAAAUAGUUGGGAAAAGAUUUUUGACGUACCAAUCCCAUGGCAUAGUGUUUAUGAACUGAUACGCAAAACGACGCCGGAUUCAAAACUUAGAAUUUUUCAAUUUAAAUUGUAAGUCGCUCUGGAUAAGAGCGUCUGCUAAAUGACUAAAAUGUAAAUUAUUAUAUAAAUUUUUGCUACCAAUAGAAUGUUAUUUAUAUGGGAUAUACAAUCUUCUCAGCUCUGCAGAUUUUGCUGCAAAGAGACAGAAUCAUUAGAUCAUUUGUUUUGGUACUGUCCAUUUGUAGCUUGUUUUUGGACACAGGUCCAGGAAUGGCUAAAGGAUUGCAAUAUUUACCUGGAGCUAACCCUGCAGAUAGCAUUACUGGGUGAUCUGAAAAGUCAUAGUCAUUCAAUCAAUAAUAAUAAUACUUUUAGCAAAAAUGUUUCUUUUCAAUUCACAAUCUGUAGAAACAAUGAGAAUAGAAGGGUUCAGAACUUUUGUGAAACAUCACAGUACAGUUGAAAAAUAUAUGGCAAAUAGAAAUCCAAUAUGGACGGUGUUAAGGGAUAGAUGGAAGGUGUUGAAUGGAGCUGAAGGAUGGGACUAAUAACAACUAACAACAACUAAUAACAACAAGAUAACUAAUAAUGUAAGCAUACUGUGUCCAUAAUAAGUAUAUAGGCUAUAGGUUGGGAGCUUUUAUUGUAAUUAAUUCUUACAAUUAUUGUAAAAUUAACUGUGUCCAUAAAAUGUAUGUAUAAGCUGGAAGUAGAGGCCUAAGCAUUGUUGUUCACCAGUUUACUCCAAUUAGGUAAGGGGUGGUGGGGUUGGAAAGUAAUAAAGGGAAAUAUAUUUUAAAAAAAGGAUAUCUAUAUAUGUGUGUGUGUGUACAGUGAGGGAAAAAAGUAUUUGAUCCCCUGCUGAUUUUGUACGUUUGCCCACUGACAAAUAAAUGAUCAGUCUUUAACUUUAAUGGUAGGUUUAUUUGAACAGUGAGAGGCAGAAUAACAACAAAACAUUCCAGAAAAACGCAUGUCAAAAAUGUUAUAAAUUGAUUUGCAUUUUAAUGAGGGAAAUAAGUAUUUGACCCCCUCUCAAUCAGAAAGAUUUCUGGCUCCCAGGUGUCUUUUAUACAGGUAACGAGCUGAGAUUAGGAGCACACUUAAAGGGAGUGCUCCUAAUCUCAGCUUGUUACCUGUAUAAAAGACACCUGUCCACAGAAGCAAUCAAUCAAUCAGAUUCCAAACUCUCCACCAUGGCCAAGACCAAAGGGCUCUCCAAGGAUGUCAGGGACAAGAUUGUAGACCUACACAAGGCUGGAAUGGGCUACAAGACCAUCGCCAAGCAGCUUGGUGAGAAGGUGACAACAGUUGGUGCGAUUAUUCGCAAAUGGAAGAAACACAAAAUAACUGUCAAUCUCCCUCGGCCUGGGGCUCCAUGCAAGAUCUCACCUCGUGGAGUUGCAAUGAUCAUGAGAACGGUGAGGAAUCAGCCCAGAACUACACGGGAGGAUCUUGUCAAUGAUCUCAAGGCAGCUGGGACCAUAGUCACCAAGAAAACAAUUGGUAACACACUACGCCGUGAAGGACCGAAAUCCUGCAGCGCCCACAAGGUCCCCCUGCUCAAGAAAGCACAUAUACAGGGCCGUCUGAAGUUUGCCAAUGAACAUCUGAAUGAUUCAGAGGAGAACUGGGUGAAAGUGUUGUGGUAAGAUGAGACCAAAAUCGAGCUCUUUGGCAUUAACUCAAGUCGCCGUGUUUGAAGGAGGAGGAAUGCUGCCUAUGACCCAAAGAACACCAUCCCCACCGUCAAACAUGGAGGUGGAACCAUUAUGCUUUGGGGGUGUUUUUCUGCUAAGGGGACAGGACAACUUCACCGCAUCAAAGGGACAAUGGACGGGGCCAUGUACAGUCAAAUCUUGGGUGAGAACCUCCUUCCCUCAGCCAGGGCAUUGAAAAUGGGUCGUGGAUGGGUAUUCCAGCAUGACAAUGACCCAAAACACACGGCCAAGGUAACAAAGGAGUGGCUCAAGAAGAAGCACAUUAAGGUCCUGGAGUGGCCUAACCAGUCUCCAGACCUUAAUCCCAUAGAACAUCUGUGGAGGGAGCUGAAGGUUCGAGUUGCCAAACGUCAGCCUCGAAACCUUAAUGACUUGGAAAAGAUCUGCAAAGAGGAGUGGAACAAAACCCCUCCUGAGAUGUGUGCAAACCUGGUGGCCAACUACAAGAAACGUCUGACCUCUGUGAUUGCCAACAAGGGUUUUGCCACCAAGUACUAAGUCAUAUUUUGCAGAGGGGUCAAAUACUUAUUUUCCUCAUUAAAAUGCAAAUCAAUUCAUUACAUUUUUGACAUGCGUUUUUCAGGAUUUUUGUUGUUGUUAUUCUGUCUCUCACUAUUCAAAUAAACCUACCAUUAAAAUUAUAGACUGAUCAUGUCUUUGUCAGUGGGCAAACGUACAAAAUCAGCAGGGGAUCAAAUACUUUUUUCCCUCACUGUGUAUAUAUAUGUAUGUAUGUAUGUAUAUUUGCUAGAAGAAGAAAAAACAUGGGGGAUUGGAAGUGAUGCAGACAAUUACAUUGAUGGAAGUUACAAUCUAUCUGCAAUAUUAAAGCUCAUCUACCCCCAAAAAAAUAAAAAUAAAAAUAAAUAAAUUUCAACGGUAUUGAAAAAUCCUCCCGUGGCUUUUUCCAAAUACCUCUGUAUACGGUAUAUACCCAAGCUUUUUUUGUACCAUUUUGAUUUUGUCAUAUGCGCUGGGGUUCGCAGGACUUAGAACUCUGUCAUUUACGAAUUCAAAUGACAUGAACAAUUUGUACAAAAAUUGCUGGCCACACCAAUACAUUGAUUUUGAGAGUCAAACUAUCAGUGCCCUAUAAAAUCUGCGUUGUGGAAAAUGCAGACAGAGAAUCACACAAUCCAGACAUUAAAACGAAAUUCAACUUAGUAUGAAAUCAAGUAAACGUAUUGAACUUUAGAACAUUUAUUAAUUUGCCCAAGUGGAUCAUAAAAUGCAUCAGUAAUUCGUUUUUUUUUCUGCAGCUUUCUGAAACGGGACAGGAAUGCCCAUCUGUGUGUUUUGUGCGCUGUGUCCGUACAGUGCAUUUGGAAAGUAUUCAGACCCCUUGACUUUUCCAAAUUUUUUUUUUUUACUUUACAGCCUUACUCUAAAAUGGAUUAAAACAUUUUUUUCCCUCGUCAAUCUACACACAAUACCCCACAAUGACAAAGCAAAAACAGGUUUUUAGACAUUUUAGCACAUUUUUACAAAUAAAAUGAUUUGAUAUUUACGUAAGUAUACAGACCCUUUACUCAGUACUUUGUUGAAGCACCUUUUGGCAGCGAUUACAGCCUCACGUCUUCUUGGGUAUGACGCUACAAGCUUGGCAAACUUGUAUUUGGGAAUUUCUCCCAUUCUUCUCUGCAGAUCCUCUCAAGCUCUGUCAGGUUGGAUGGGGAGCGUCGAUGCACAGCUAUUUUCAGAUCUCUCCAGAGAUGUUCGAUCGGGUUCAAGUCCAGGCUCUGGCUGGGCCACUCAAGGACAUUCAGAGACUUGUCCCGAAGCCACUCCUGCGUUGUCUUGGCUGUGUGCUUAGGGUCAUUGUCCUGUUGGAAGGUGAACCUUCGCCCCAGUCUGAGGUCCUGAGCGCUCUGGAGCAGGUUUUCAUCAAGGAUCUCUCUGUACUUUGCUCCGUUCAUCUUUCCCUCAAUCCUGACUAGUCUCCCAGUCCCUGCCGCUGAAAAACAUCCCCACAGCAUGAUGCUGCCACCACCGUGCUUCACCGUAGGGAUGGUGCCAGGUUUCUUCCAGACGUGACGCUUGGCAUUCAGGCCAAAGAGUUCAAUCUUGGUUUCAUCAGACCCUUCCCCAGAUCUGUGCCUUGACACAAUCCUGUCUCGGAGCUCUACGGACAAUUCCUUCGACCUCAUUGCUUGGUUUUUGCUCUGACAUGCACUGUCAACUGUGGGACCUUAUAUAUAUAUAUAUAUAUAUAUAUACUGGUGUGUGCCUUUCCAAAUCAUGUCCAAUCAAUUGAUUUUACCACAGGUGAACUCCCAAGUUGUAGAAACAUCUCAAGGAUGAUCAAUGGAAACAGGAUGCACCUGAGCGCAAUUUCGAGUCUCAUAGCAAAAACUGGUUUGUUUGUCAUUAUGGGGUAUUGUAUGUAGAUUUAGGAUUAUUAUAAUUUUUUGUCCAUUUUAGAAUAAGGCUGUAACAUAACAAAAUGUGGAAAAAGUCGAGGGGUCUGAAUACUUUCCGAAGGCACUGUAUGUCUAGUCUACAUUUUGUGUAGCUGUUAGCGAUAAUGAUAACCGUCUGCUGGUAGAUGGAAAGGCUUUCCCAAAAAACGUAUCAAUUAAAUGUUAACUACAAACUAGCCUAUGCUACCUGGCAGAAUGAUAUCAUGAUUAUUUGCAUCACUCCAGUGGCCAUUUGUUCUGCACACCCUGCAAUCAUAUGAGCGCUACAGAAACUACACUAACUAAACAAUGGUCUCUGGCUGGUGCCCAUUGCAUUAAAGGGUAACUACACCCAAAAUAUAAAAAAUGCUUCGAUUUUACCCAGACCACAAAAGUGGUCUCUUGAUGUGGGUUAAGCAUUGUUGUCGACUUAUAACAUCCAAUUUAUAACAUCCAAUUUAGUUUUUCUAUUAGUCUCCCGAGUGGCACAGUGGUCUAAGGCACUGCAUCGCAGUGCUAUCUGUGCCACUAGAGAUCCUGGUUCAAAUCCAGGCUCUGUCGUAGCUGGCCGCGACCGGGAGACCCAUGGGGCGGCGUGCAAUUGGCCCAGCGUCGUCCAGGGUAGGGGAGGGAAUGGCCUGGAUGUAAAUGUAUUACAAAAAGUGUGAAUUUUGAGAGCUAAAACCUGGAAAUACGAAACGGAGAAAACGGAAUUUGGGAAACAAUGGAAUCAGGCAAAAAUAUAACAGAUUUGAUAGGGCCCUAAACUAUCGCUUAAACUACAGCCAACCCUUGUCAAUGUAGAUAUCCUAUGGCCCCAAAUGUACUUCGUUGAAGUUAAAUAACAACGCAACUGAUUUGUUUCCUUUACUGUUUCGGCAGCCUCCCAAAAUCUCUAUCCACCAGUUUUGAAUUUAGAUGAGUCUUCAACAAAUUCUUGUUUAACCAGUGAUGUAAAAAUCAUUCUCAGAUUCCGUUUUUGGUGCGUGUGCAGCUUCUAAGGCGAUAAUAUGAAUACUAUUGUUGCACAUGUAUGUGUAGAGAGUACAUUUUAUGUUUAGAUUUUCUAUAUAUCAUGAACUGUUUCUGCGAAUCAGUUAUGGAUUCUGACAUGUUAAAAAUAUGUUUUGACAUUGAGCUAUUUAUCAAAAUGUUUUGUCAACUGGAAGCAGCGACAGCAUCAUUUAACUUAUGUUUUAGGAACAUAAAUUGAAAUUUCAACAAUCAUUUCCAAUGGUAUUGAACUGCUGAAUGAGUCCAAAAACAUGCUGUGAUUUAUUUUGAUGUUUUAGCAGAAAUCACAUAAACCGGUUUGCCUUGCCUAUUGUGUGUCUGCCUGUGUACAAUCUGUACAUUUUUUAUGUGUCUGUGAAAAGAGUGUAAUGUAUGUGUCCUGUCAUCCUUACAGUGGAAGAAGGCUGAAGAGAAACUAGAGAAAGAGCUGCUAGAGGCUGAGGCAUCAGAGAGCAAAGACAAGAAGCUCAAACUGGUGAGUGUUUAUUCUCCAAAGUUACAACAGACCUGAAACGACUCAAUUUGUUUUUGUGAAAACACUUUUACACUUCUCACGACAAAAGGUCUAACAUCAUUCCAAUUGUUCUCUCUCUCCUAGCACACAGAGACGUUGAACAUAGUGUUCUUGAUAUACUUCAGAGUACUGAAGAAAGCUCAAAAGUCGAUCCUGCUUCCCUCCGUUUUAGAAGGUCUAGCAAAGUAAGAGAGACUACCUGUUUCCAGAGACAUGAGUCACUUUCUGACAAAUUGAAAUAUGGAGGCUUUCUUUUAAGACAAAUAUUUUUCUCCUAAGGUUUGCCCAUCUGAUCAACCUGGAGUUCUUUGAUGACUUGUUGAACGUUCUCCAACAUCUUAUCCAAUCAGGAGUGAGUAUACAUAUUCUACCAAUCCUAUCAAAAUGCUAUUCACAUCAUCUUGUAUGAUUGCCUAAUGACUUUUCUCUCCGUAGGAUCUGACCUAUCGGGAAAGCCUUCACUGCAUUCAGACAGCUUUCAACAUUCUCUCUGGUCAAGGUCAGUGAUGGUUUAUGAUGACUUCAAUAAUAAACAUGAUUAAAAACCUCACUGAAUACUGUGUAUAUAACAUACUGUUUGUGCUUAAAGGAUAGGUUAACUUUUUUAACCAAAUCAGUAUUUUGAAUGUAAAUGUCCAGACACUUCUUUUGCGAUUUCACUUGGUUUUGAGAAACUUACCCCUUCAGCGAUAUACUUCCUCAUGCUCGUUUGCAGUUGCAUGGGCACAGAUAAAACAUUAACAAAGACUCCAAAAACACCCAUAUACGUCCUUUUACAAACAGCAACACUCCUAGUAUAGUGAUUUAGGUCUUUAGAUGUUGUACACAUGAAACAUUGUCAUUCGAACUUUAUCCGCAAUGUUAUAUUCCAUUUUGUUGUACUCAAGCGAUACUUCUUAAUGUAGCUCGUGCAUGCGCACACAGAAAAGUAUCGCUGGAGUCCAACAAAAUGUUGUUGUGGAAAUCUGUUGGAGCUCAAGUCGACUACAAAACCGAAUUAAAUGCGCUCUCAGGGCAUGCUGGUUGUAAUACCAAAGUCAAUGUCAGCAUGUGAUCUAGCUAGUAAGCUGUAAAAUCCCCGGAAAUAACUGCACUAUCAAUUUAGGAGUCUAAAAUCUCACCAUGUUCAAGCUGCAGCUAGAUCGCCACAUCUCAAACUGCGAGGUUGCUCUUUGCAAUGGCCCCCUCCUCACACCACACAGACAGAGGGCCAAGGGGGGAGAGGAGGAAGAAUCGCUUUGCGUGAUAGUAGUUUAAGGAAAAACGCAGUGGAACAAUUUGGUCCACUGUUAGUUUGAGUACGUCAGUGGAAUAUAUACUUCAUCAUGUUGAUAUAAAUGGCUGAUUGUGUUCUAGACACAAUAUGCUUACAUCGUAUUAGGGUCACAUGGCGAAUCGGGGGGCAAGGUAUUUUUUCAAAUUGUUAAAACAUUUGUAUCAAUGUUAGCGCCAAUCUCCGGGAGGGUCAAUAGGAUAAUUAACGUGGUAGGUUAGGAGAAUUAGCAUAAGGUUAGGGAAAGGUUUAGGGUUAGCUAAAAUGCUACAAUUGUCCCAGACGUGACUCAAUCAUAUCUAGGUACAUCCAGGUCUGCCCUGAGAACAGUCUUGGUUUCCACUAAUGCAAUGCUGCGGCAAUAUGGUGCGUGAUGUUAGACACAAAAAAUGCUGAUUUAGUAGACGGACCACUUAGAACAUAAACAACACAUUUUUCUCAGUCACGGAUCGCAAACGAUGAAAACAUUUGUUUUUAUGUAGUAUACUAUUCCUUUAAUAAAUUUCCCUCUGCGAACAGGUGAUGUCCUCAAUAUUGACCCACUGAAGUUCUACACCCAUCUGUACAAGACACUGCUCAAACUCAAUGCUGGUAAGUCAAACUACCCUAUAGCUUAUUCAAACCCAUGUCUGGCUCUUUGACACAAGAUCCAUUGUGCUCUGAAGGUCCACCUGUACCUGGAGUGACUGUUCAUAAGUCUUAAAGGUCAAUGCAGCCGUUUGUAUCUCAAUAUCAAAUAAUUUCAGGGUAACUAUUAAGUACCUUACUGUGAAUUAAAAUGGUCAAAAAUAAACAAAUAGCUUCUUAGCAAUUUCUCAAGCAAUAAUUUUCUUAGGACUGUCUGGGAGUGGUCAGAGUGGGGAAAAUGUGCAGUUAUUGGUAGAGAGCUUUGGAACUCUCUUUCUUAUUGGUCUGUUAAUUAAUUUACCGCAUGGUGAUAUCACCAUGGAAGGCCAAAACUCCAUCCCCCCAAAACAGGCUGAAAUUCCAGGAGGUAUUUUCAAACACCUCUUACACUAAAAGGGCAGUAUCAUUUUCACAAUUUCACAGUAUUAUUCCAACCUCAUAGUGUGGAAAUGUAUAUAAAGCACCAGAAAAUCUCAUUUGUGACUGCACUGGGCAUUUAAAAAAUGUGGAUGCUUUUCCCAGGUGCAUCUAAUGAUGACAUCAGCAUCGUGCUGCGUUGUCUCGACGUGAUGCUGACCAAGCGCAGGAAACAGGUGACCCUGCAGCGCGCCCUGGCCUUUGUCAAGAGACUGAGCACGCUCAGUCUGCACACACUGCCCAACGCUACGGUGGGCAUCCUGGCAUCCAACAGGACGUUGAUACAUGUAAGUGUUUAUCGUGUGUGCAUCUGCGUGUAUUAUGGAGAGAGAUUGUGAGAGAGAGAGUGCAUGAAGUGUGUAAGAUUGAGUCAUGAGUGUGUGAGAGCAUAUGUGUGUGAUUUAAGAAAGCUGUGCUCCCCAUCUCUCUCCGCAGACCUUCCCCAAGUGUGACAUCCUCCUAGACAAUGAGGCUCAGGGUAGUGGGGUGUUCCUUCCUGAGCUGGAUGAGCCAGAGUACUGCAACCCUCAGAACACUGCCCUGUGGGAGCUACACACACUUAGGGUAAAUACGCAGAAAGCACACACACACAAAAAAUAAAUAAUACACAUACAGGUAUAGCUGAUGGCGUUGCUGUUGUUGUGUUGCAGAGACAUUACCACCCAGUGGUCAGGAGGUUUGCCACUCACCUCUGUGCAGGGGCUCCUAGUGAAGGAUCUGGAGCGCUAAUCGUUCAACUCGCUAGAAGGUAAGAACAAGAGGAUCCCGUAACUUCAAAUCUCACAUUUAAUUCAUCCUCUAUCAAAAGCCAUUUGCUGCUCCUCCAGUUCUCUAACAAAUACUCAUACAAGACCCAUGGUUCGUAUGGUCAUGAAAAUCCUGGAAAAGUCAUGGAAUUUUAAAAUGGUGUUCUCGACGAACAGUUAUUGUGCUGACAUUGCUUCCAGAGGCAGUUUGGAACUCGUAGUGAAUGUUGCAACCCAGGCCAGACGAUUGUUACGCACUACACGCUUCUGCACUUGGCGGUCCCGUUCUGUGAGCUUGUGUGGCCUACCACUUCACGGCUGAGCCGUUGUUGCUCCUAGAUGUUUCCACUUCACAAUAACAGCACUUACAGUUGACCGGGGAAGCAGGGCAGAAAUUUGACGAACAGACUUGUUGGAAAGGUGGCAUCCUAUGACGGUGCCACUUUGAAAGUCACUGAGCUCUUCAGUAAGGCCAUUCUACUGCCAAUGUUUGUCUAUGGAGAUUACAUGGCUGUGUGCUCGAUUUUAUACACCUGUUAGCAACGGGUGUGGCUGAAAUAGCCGAAUCCACUAAUUUGAAGGGGUGUCCACAUACUUUUGUGUAGUUAUUUACCUGUCAUGUGACAUUUACUUGGCCCCACCUUUAUUUCUAUAGACAUCUGCUUCUGUCCACAAUGCUGCCUGAGGAAGACUUGAGUAGUGGAAACGCGUUGCAGUUUAGCGUCCUGAUUUACAAUGCUGACUGCUCCUACAGUGGGGAAAAAAUGUAUUUAGUCAGCCACCAAUUGUGCAAGUUCUCCCACUUAAAAAGAUGAGAGAGGCCUGUAAUUUUCAUCAUAGGUACACGUCAACUAUGACAGACAAAAUGAGAAAUGUUUUUCCAGAAAAUCACAUUGUAGGAUUUUUUAUGAAUUUAUUUGCAAAUUAUGGUGGAAAAUAAGUAUUUGGUCACCUACAAACAAGCAAGAUUUCUGGCUCUCACAGACCUGUAACUUCUUUAAGAGGCUCCUCUGUCCUCCACUCGUUACCUGUAUUAAUGGCACCUGUUUGAACUUGUUAUCAGUAUAAAAGACACCUGUCCACAACCUCAAACAGUCACACUCCAAACUCCACUAUGGCCAAGACCAAAGAGCUGUCAAAGGACACCAGAAACAAAAUUGUAGACCUGCACCAGGCUGGAAAGACUGAAUCUGCAAUAGGUAAGCAGCUUGGUUUGAAGAAAUCAACUGUGGGAGCAAUUAUUAGGAAAUGGAAGACAUACAAGACCACUGAUAAUCUCCCUCGAUCUGGGGCUCCACGCAAGAUCUCACCCCGUGGGGUCAAAAUGAUCACAAGAACGGUGAGCAAAAAUCCCAGAACCACACAGGGGGACCUAGUGAAUGACCUGCAGAGAGCUGGGACCAAAGUAACAAAGCCUACCAUCAGUAACACACUACGCCGCCAGGGACUCAAAUCCUGCAGUGCUAGACGUGUCCCCCUGCUUAAGCCAGUACAUGUCCAGGCCCGUCUGAAGUUUGCUAGAGUGCAUUUGGAUGAUCCAGAAGAGGAUUGGGAGAAUGUCAUAUGGUCAGAUGAAACCAAAAUAUAACUUUUUGGUAAAAACUCAACUCGUCGUGUUUGGAGGACAAAGAAUGCUGAGUUGCAUCCAAAGAACACCAUACCUACUGUGAAGCAUGGGGGUGGAAACAUCAUGCUUUGGGGCUGUUUUUCUGCAAAGGGACCAGGACGACUGAUCCGUGUAAAGGAAAGAAUGAAUGGGGCCAUGUAUCGUGAGAUUUUGAGUGAAAACCUCCUUCCAUCAGCAAGGGCAUUGAAGAUGAAACGUGGCUGGGUCUUUCAGCAUGACAAUGAUCCCAAACACACCGCCCGGGCCUAGCCAGUCUCCAGAUCUCAACCCCAUAGAAAAUCUUUGGAGGGAGUUGAAAGUCUGUGUUGCCCAGCGACAGCCCCAAAACAUCACUGCUCUAGAGGAGAUCUGCAUGGAGGAAUGGGCCAAAAUACCAGCAACAGUGUGUGAAAACCUUGUGAAGACUUACAGAAAACGUUUGACCUGUGUCAUUGCCAACAAAGGGUAUAUAACAAAGUAUUGAGAAACUUUUGUUAUUGACCAAAUACUUAUUUUCCACCAGAAUUUGCAAAUAAAUUCAUUAAAAAUCCUACAAUGUGAUUUUCUGGAUUUCUUUUCUCAUUUUGUCUGUCAUAGUUGACGUGUACCUAUGAUGAAAAUUACAGGUCUCUCUCAUCUUUUUAAGUGGGAGAACUUGCACAAUUGGUGGCUGACUAAAUACUUUUUUUCCCCCCACUAUAUAUAUAUUCUUUAUUGAACUAUUAACAGAAUAUAUUUACAAAAGUUUAUUGAAAUGUGCUGGCCUUCUUUCUUGGAUUACCCGACAUUUAAUGGUCUACCUUCCCACUGCCCUCAUCUCACCCGCGUUUGAUUAACAAAUUCAAGCACCACUAAUUUAGAAAAAAACAUUGAUUUGUCCCCUUUGCAGUAAGACAUUGUCUCUUGCAGUCACGUUGCGCUUAUGAAAAUAUAUAUAGCGUAAGGAUGUGGUACUGGUGACGUUAAACACUUCUCCAAUCGUUGUUGAGAUCUGAUAUUCUAUGCAGCGCAAGACAAGAGACGGGCCAAUGUCAUGUCAACCAAUAACAUUUAUCAAAUCCUUUCGGGCUAAAUUCCAGCUAAACUAUGAGAGGAGUUAGGCCUAACUGUAACUUACAAAAAGCGUCCUAAUGACGAAGAGCGUGGUUCUGCCACUUCUCACACAAUGGUGCUGAUUUAGUAAAGUUGAAAAUUGAAAAGAUGUCUUGGAAUAUCACAAUGAUUAAUUAGUAUUCUACAUAACAGAACCAAAUAUAGUAGCAUAGUAUAACGUUAGUUACACCCCCCAAAAACACCUAAUUUAAUGAGAUUUUAGGAUGGUUAGCUGAAAGUAAAAAAGAAAAAUGAAUGCGGCCAAAACGCAACAGCGAGCGCCACUGGGCAGAAUGUACUUUGAUUUAAACAAAAUGCAGGAAGGCUAUAUAAUUAACACCAUCUGCUCUAAUUUGCUCACAAAACAGUAAUUCAAGAAUAUCUAAAUGCAUAUUCCCAUGAAAUUGAUUGAGGUCAAAUUAUUGGCAUGCAGAUGCAGUUUAGAUGUUUCACCAGUAAAACGUGAAAAAUUAUCAUUCACAGUUGACAGUGAUGGCCUAUUUUGAAAUUAGGUAUACCUAACUUGGUGUUUGAGGGUAUAAAAAAAUAUAACGUUUUCUUGAGACAAUGUGUGGGCAUACGCAGACGUUGCAAUUGGAGGAUGAAUUUUAUGCACAGGCCUAUUCUAUAAUAAUAUUCAAAAGACUACAUCUGUCAGUACAAACUUCGAGAAAUUAUGAUGGCAUUUACAUUUUUAAGGCGCUCCGGCGCCUAAAAAUGUAUCUGCACCAUGAGGGGGAUUUUGGAGGGGGGGUUGCUUCUGCCCAAUUUCUGUAUUAAUGUAGGCUACACUGUCCCGCAUUUUAAAAUGUGGUCACCCUAGCCGCGAAGGCCAUACAAAGUUGAUUUACUUUUUGGAACGAUUCAUUAAAACAAUUAUUUUUGACAACAAAUGAUUCACUUCACCAUUGUAUUAGUUGGGAUUUGAAUCGCAAACAGUAAUUUUAGGAAAAAAUAUUAGAUGUAGCCUUUCUUUUGGAUUAUGUGGCUUCAAAACUUGUUUUGUAGAUACUUCCAGUUCAUUUGGCCAUCCAAUGUAUGGGACAUGGCAACUUAAUAGAUGCUAGUCACCCUGCAAAGUAAACACUUCUAAGAUUGCUAAAUAUGACUACACUAGAAAAAGGUACAUUUCCUGAAGAAAAUUUGUGGGCUUGCUUCAGCUGAAUAAAAAUAUUUGUAGCCUACUAUAGCCAUUUGAACUUUGAUAAAGUGCAUUCGGAAAGUAUUCAGACCCCUUGACUUUUUCCACAUUUUGUUACGUUACAACCUUAUUCUAAAAUGGAUUAAAUAAAUACAAAUCCUCAUCCAUCUACACACAAUACCCCAUAAUGACAACGCGAAAACAGGUUUUUAGAAAGUUUUGCAAAUGUAUAAAAAAACAUACUUUAUUGACAUAGGUAUUCAAACCCUUUGCUAUGAGACUCGAAAUUGAGCUCAGGUGCAUCCUGUUCCCAUUGAUCAUCCUUGAUGUUUCUACAACCUGAUUGGAGUCCACAUGUGGUAAAUUAAAUUGAUUGGACAGGAUUGUGUCGAGGCACAGAUCUGGGGAAGGGUACCAAAAAAUGUCUGCAGCAUUGAUGGUCCCCAAGAACAGUGGCCGCCAUCAUUCUUAAAUGGAAGAAGUUUGGAAGCACCAAGACUCUUCCUAGAACUGGCCGCCUGGCCAAACUGAGCAAUCAGGGGAGAAGGGCCUUGGUCAGGGAGGUGACCAAGAACCCGAUGGUCACUCUGACAGAGCUCCAGAGUUCCUCUGUGGAGAUGGGAAAACCUUCCAGAAGGACAACCAUCUCUGCAGCACUCCACCAAUCAGGCCUUUAUGGUAGAGUGGCCAGACGGAAGCCACUCCGUAAAAGGCACGACAGCCCUCUUGGAGUUUGCCAAAAGGCACCUAAAGACUCUCAGACCAUGAGAAACAAGAUUCUCUGUUCUGAUGAAACCAAGAUUGAACUCUUUGGCCUAAAUGCCAAGCGUCACGUCUAGAGGAAACCUGGCACCAUCCCUACGGUGAAGCAUAGUGGUGGCAGCAUCAUGCUGUGGGGAUGUUUUUCAGUGGCAGGGACUGGGAGACUAGUCAGGCUCGAGGGAAAGAUGAACGGAGCAAAGUACAGAGAGAUACUUGAUGAAAACCUGCUCCAGAGCGCUCAAGACUGGGGCGAAGGUUCACCUUACGACAGGACAACGACCUUAAGCACACAACCAAGACAACGCAGGAGUGGCUUCUGGACAAGUCUCUGAAUGUCCUUGAGUGGUCCAGCCAGAGCCCAGACUUGAACCCAAUCGAACAUCUCUGGAGAGACCUGAAAAUAGCUGUGGAGCGACGCUCCCCAUCUAACAUGACAGAGCUUGAGAGGAUCUGCAGAGAAGAAUGGGAGAAACUCCCCAAAUACAGGUGUGCCAAGCUUGUAGCGUCAUACCCAAGAAGACUUGUCAGGUGCUUCAACAAAGUACUGAGGAAAGGGUCUGAAUACUUAUGUAAAUGGGAUAUUUGUUUUUUAUGUAAUACAUUUGCAAAAAGUUAUGAAACAGUUUUUGCUUUGUCAUUAUGGGGUAUUGUUUGUAGGUUGAUGAGGGGAAAAAAACUACUUAAUCCAUUUUAGAAUUAGGCUGUAACGUAAAGAAAAUGUGGAAAAAGUCAAGGGGUCUGAAUACUUUCCGAAUGCACUUGUUUCAAGCAAAUUAUUUCAAAUGCCAUAAAACGUAUUUGGUUGUAAUUUUAUACAUCAAGGGUGGUCACCCAGUAGCUCUACGGAAUGAGGGUUGACCACAUGUGUUUUAUACAGUUCCCUAACAGGUACUUGGGGGGGGUUAAGUUCCUUGCACAACGACAGGACAUGGUACGUGCGAUCAGAGAGCAGCCUCCCAGUGUCGAUACCAUAUUAUGCUUAAUUUUUUAUACGUACAUAGAGACGCCGCCAGUUGUUGGUCAUGGAAAUUUGGUUAAAAGUCAUGAAAUUCCAUCUUUCAAAAUGUGUAUGAACCCUGAAGACUAAAGUAAUUCUCAACGGUGCAUGAGAUAUUAACCAAAGAUGUGUGCAUGUGCAGUAUGAAAAAAGUGCUAGCUUCACUUUUAACCCCUCUCAGGCACCCAGUGGAGCUGUUUGAGGACUACAGAGCUAAAGACAUGACAUUCAAUCCUCCAGUGGCAGCGCCUAACACAAAGAAGAAGGUACAGUAGUACACUUCCCUCUUUGUCCAUAUAUAUUCCAGAAUUUUAUUAGGCCCACUUUACUGAAUUGUCUUUGUGCUAAUCUUAUCUCCAAACACUUUGCAUUGUGUUGCAGGAUUAUUUCACGAUAGGCACUGCCCUGCUGGAUGAUAAAUUAAAGCAACAGAUUGAUCGUGUUCUCUCAGCGGAGGAAGAGGAUCCUAUGUCGCUGGAUUUCUCUGCAAUUCUACCACAGACCAACAGCUCAUAAUACUUCAGACCUCACCGGAAAAACACCCCCUUUCCUUUGUGCCCAUGCCUGUAUUUUAGAUCUAAGUGGACUGUAAUAAACAAUCAACCGUUGACUGGUUUCUGUUGGUGACAGUGCUGUUUGAUCAUUGUCUUUGCGGUUGACAUUUUUGACAAGAAUGUACAAAAUAAUGGAUACAUUAAAGUAUUGUUGAGUUAAA